AUGUGGGAAGUGAGACCUGGGGUGGUGUCAGGGACCCUGCGUCGCGGGGGGCGUGGCCGCGCAGGCGUGCAGCGAUCAUUGGCCCCAGAGCUUGAGGGGGGCGCAGGUGAGACGACGGUUGGGCUUGGGACGGUUGGGUUUGGAGCCGCCAGUGGCGACCGGCUGCGCAGCAGCCAUGAACCUUGCGAGUCAGGGCGGCGAGGCUGGCUCUGGCCAGCUAGUGUUCGCCAGCUUCAACCGGGUCAACACGUAAGGCCGGGCCUGGAGUCAGGGCCAAGGGCGGCCGCCUCGCGUCCAGCCGGAGGGGUUGCCACCCGGCCUUCCCUAACCGCAGACCAGGCGCUGCAGCGCCCCGGGCGGGGAGGGGAUGGAGCCGGCUUGCUUUCGGGCUCGGACCCCCCCUCUCCCCAAAUUGGGAGCACAGGGAUGGUCUCAUCUCCCACCUCUGCCUUCAGCCUGUGCCCCAGUUCUCUCCUGCCAGCCUCUUGUGUCCGCCGCGUCCCAAGACCCCUUCUCAUUCGUCUUUCUUUAGCGCUGUUCUCUUUGCCAGACACAUUCAGCAGUCUUGGACGUUAUUUCCCAAAUCCAAGCUUCAGCAUGGUCUAUCACACGGAAGAUACCUGAUGAGUGUUAUGAAGCAAUGACUGACUGUGGCAGUGUUUCUGGGACUCUGAAGAGGCAAUUCAUACUUCAUGGUGGAAGUGGGAAAGGAGAUCAGCAAAGAUUCAAGAAAA